GCGUGGAAACUUAGUUUAUAGAAGUACAUGUGACAAGCAGAGUAGAAAUAGAGAUUUUAGGUAUUGUCCAUUUGUCCAUUUGUAUUUAUAUCUUACGCUAAGUAUAGUAUUGAUUUUGAUGACACAAUGGUGUUAAUUGUAAAAUACUACAAGUAACAGUGGUCAGAUAUUUGUUUAAUCUAUUGCCAUAGCAACACGACAUUAUUCCUCGGAAAUAGAAAUCAUUAAAGCAUUCAACAGAGGACAUUAGAAGAAAAAAGGUGCUCGUCACCGUUUCGUCAGAAAAAUGAUACGUUCGAAGACCAGUAAUCGAUGUGUUCUACGUAUAUUGGUGCUUUUAUCACUCACAACUAUAUCUAUCGCUCAAUCUCCUGGGAAUCCUGUUAUUACUGGGCCGACGUUUAUAGUGGAGGGUAAUUCAGUAGGGUUGACGUGUACAUCGUCCGGGGGUAAUCCCGUACCUACAGUCUACUGGUACCGAAAUGGCCAACUGGUAGAUGAUACCCAGACCACCACUAAUGGCGUCACAUCAAACACAUAUAACUUUGUCGCUGAUAAAACUCACAACCUGGCUGUGUUUGAAUGUCAGGUGGAUAAUAAUGUAUUACAGAACAAACUGAGUACAACAUGGUUCUUCCAAGUCUACACCGAACCAAAUCAACCCACAUUGACUGGCUCUCAAAGUCUAUCACCUGGUUCUACCUACGUAUGGACUUGCAUCAGCACGGGAGGCAACCCCGCCCCAACACUGACCAUGAGGAUAGGUAGCAGUCAGUUUAAUACUGGUAUCACACAAUCAUCCGUAUUGCAGUCAGAUAACACAUAUACUGUUACCUCCUCACUAUCGUGGGCACCAAGUGUCAGUAACAAUGGUCAGACACUUUUCUGUGAUGUACAACAUUCAGAGACACGUGGUAAUAACCUCCAGACAGUCAGUCUUCAGUUAACAGUUACUGCUCCUUUAUCUGUGAGUGCUCCGCAGACACAGUAUCAGCAGAAUGUUGGCACCCUUCUUGUUAUGAACUGUGUGAUUACUGGAACAGCGACAUCUAUCACGUGGUACUUUAACAACCAAUUGAUUAACAUUGCUUCUUCUUCGAAAUAUUCCAACGGCAAUACCAUCAACCCAUCAUUGACUGUAUCAAACGUGGCUUUGUCUGAUGCUGGACAAUAUUACUGUCAGGCAACCAAUGGAUUGACCACUGCCAACUCCAAUACCAUUACAUUAACAGUUCUAGGGUCCAUACCAGUAGUAACAGUUUCUCAGCCCACCUACUCGGGAACCACAGGACAGUCGGUUACUUUACAGUGUACAGUUUCCUCGCCUAAUGACGCUCUCCAGUCUGUAUCGUGGACUUUUAAUAAUGGUGCAUCAACCAUUAUAAUUGCAGCAUUUAGCAAUACAGCAAAAUAUAGCGGAACAACAACUUCUACGCCGUCUCUAACCAUAUUCAAUCUGGCAUCUACAGAUGCCGGAACCUAUACAUGCUCAGCUACCAACACUAUUGGAACAGGAAGUAGUAGUGCAACCUCACUCAGCGUCACCGGAAACUUGCUUUCUGUAACUAUUCCACAAUCAUCCUACAGCGUAUUGACUGGUCAACAGGUAACCAUACCUUGCACUGUUACCGGAACUCCUAUCCAGACUAACGUGUUCUGGAGAAAAUUGGUCAAUGGUGUUCAAACUAACGUAGAUAUAAAUGGUAACGGUAGAUAUUCUGGAGGUACCACCUCAAGUCCAUCAUUGACAAUAGUCAACACACAGAGUUCAGACGAAGGAACAUACGUGUGCUAUGCUUCAAACAAUAUUGGGACAUCGAACAGUCAAAAUACGUUCCUAGACAUUACUGGAGGCGUCCCCACUGUGACAAUUGGAGGAUCUAACUUCCAAGUUCAGGUGGGCAAUUCAAUAACAAUUGGAUGCACUGUUACCGCCAACCCUGCUGUUACUAGUGUGUAUUGGACCCGUGAUAUUAAUGGGCAGAGUACCGUUAUAGGACCGUCAUCCAAUCCUAGUAAAUAUGGUGGAUCUACUACUGUGACACCAUCUCUAACUAUACUCAAUGCUGACAUUAGUGACGCGGGAAACUACCAGUGUUUCGCCACCAAUAAUAUAGGAACUGGUUCAAGUCAACAGGCAUUACUUGAUGUACAAGGAUCGGUCCCUACAGUACGGGUAAGCUUUCCAAGCUACCAAGUUAAUAUUGCUGGUUCCCUCACACUUGGUUGUUCGGUUGUUUCGAAUCCUUCUCACUUCCAAGUUUACUGGAGGAAGAGUGUCGGUGGAAUAACAACAGAUGUUGACGUUACCAAUAGUGGCGGGAAAUAUUCCGGUUCAACGGUGUCUAAUCCGUCCCUGACUAUCAACAAUGCUGCAUCAAGUGAUGAAGCUAGCUACACCUGUUAUGCCACAAACAGUGUUGGAACUGGACAGAGUACAUCAACAUCAUUAACUGUUGUCGGCAAUACACCAACUGUUACUAUACAACAACAGAACUACAAUGUCAACUUUGGUAAUUCUGCUGUUCUGGUAUGUUCCGUCACAUCAAAUCCAGCUCAUACAAACGUCUUCUGGCGAAAGAUAAAGAAUGGCGUUACCACAGAUAUAAAUGUAGCUAACAGUAACAACAAGUAUAGUGGUUCCACAGUCAAUAACCCGUCUCUACAAAUAAAUAGCGCUGAUCUUAACGAUGAGGCCAAUUAUGCUUGCUUUGCUUCCAAUAGUGUUGGUACCGGACAAAGUACACAGACAUUCCUAGAUGUUACUGGAGAUGUUCCCGUGGUAACUAUAUCUUCCAACAGCUAUUCGGUAUCGCUAAGCGGUACAGUCACAUUGCAAUGUACGGUAUCCUCUAACCCCACUCAAACAUCAGUCACGUGGCAAAGAAUCGUUAACGGUGUACUCACGACAGUAACAGUUGAUGGAUCCAGAAUGAUUGGUAGCACUGUCAGUACACCAUCUCUCACCAUCAGUAAUGCUGUAUCUGGUGACGAAGGAAAUUAUAUAUGUACUGCUACUAAUAGUGUCGGUACUGGAACCAGUCAGCAGACAUUCUUAGACGUCCAAGGAAAUAUACCUACAGUUACUGUUGGUCAGAAUCAGUAUUCUGGUAGCUUCGGUCAAACUGUAACAAUGGUAUGUACAGUACAAGCUAAUCCAACAGAAACAAGUGUUUACUGGAGAAAACUAGUAAACGGACAGAUGACAAGUAUAGAUAUGAACAAUGUGCGAUAUACAGGUUCGACUGUAGGUUCGCCAUCACUAACCAUCACUACCUUGGAGCUGUCUGAUGAAGGAUACUAUCAAUGUUAUGCUCAGAAUAGUGUGGGUACUGGACAAAGUCAACAGACAUUUUUAGAUGUGAUUGGAAAUGUCCCUUCUGUUCAAGUUUUGUCUAACACAUACUCCGUGAAUCUUGGAGGCACAGUAGUCCUUGGUUGUCAAGUUAUUGCCAAUCCAUCGGCCACUAACGUGUUUUGGCAAAAACUUGUGAAUGGUGCUCUAACGAGUGUUGAUAUGAGUACGAAUAACUUUAACAAGUACAGUGGAUCUACAGUACAAUCUCCAUCUCUGACCAUCAUUAGUACUACAGAGGCGGAUCAAGGGAACUACGUCUGUUCUGCUACAAACUCAGCAGGAACAGCCUCAAGUAGUCAGACAUUUUUGGAUGUUGUAGGCAAUCUACCCACAGUAAGCAUACCACAGAGUGCGUACAGUGUAAAUGUUGGUAGUCAAAUUACAAUUCCUUGUAUCGUGUCAGCUAAUCCUACAGAAACCAAUAUCUACUGGACCGUGGCAGUCGGUAACAACGCCGAACAGACCAUCUCUAUGACAAAUACCCAAAAGUAUCAAGGAUCUUCUAUAAACUCCCCUUCAUUGAUCAUUCUCAGUACAACUCAGAGUGACUCUGGUGUUUAUAGAUGUCAUGCAACAAACAAUGUUGGUACUGGACAGAGUAAUCCGACAACACUUAAUGUGGUGGGAAAUAUACCAGUUGUGACUGUUGCACAAACUAAUUAUCCUGUGAAUUUUGGACAGUCUGUCCAGCUUGUAUGUACUGUUAGUGCCACUCCAACCCAAACACAGGUGUACUGGACUAGAGUUCAGAACGGACAGGCAGUGACCAUUUCUACAGCUAACACAGCCAAAUAUAGCGGAUCUACCGUCAGUAACCCAUCUCUUACAAUCAGUAAUGUUGAUCAAAAUGAUGAAACAUUUUAUGUUUGUUAUGCAACAAAUUCAGUGGGAACAGGACAGAGUCAACAGACCUAUGUAGAUGUUUCUGGAAAUUUACCUGUAGUGACAGUUCAGUCCAAUAGUUACAGUGUACUUCUUGGACAGACAGCAACACUUGUCUGCACAAUAUCCGCAAAUCCAAGUGCCACAAGUGUACAGUGGUAUAAAGUUAUAAAUGGAGUACAAUCUUCCCUUUCAACCAAUGCUGGGAAAUAUAACACACCAACUGUUAACAGUCCUAAUCUUAUUGUCAACACUGCUGCUCAGAGUGAUGAGGGCUACUAUGUCUGUACAGCAACUAACAUUGUCGGAACCGGAACUUCAUCUCAGACAUAUUUGACUGUUACAGGAAAUUUGCCGUCAGUAACUGUAGCUUUAUCAAAUUACAACUCUAACAUUGGUGCGACUGUGACACUUGGUUGUACUGUGGUUGCUUCCCCUGCUGCCACCAAUGUGUACUGGCAACGUAUUGUUAACAAUCAACAACAAAGUAUUGAUACAACCUCCUCCAACUCACGAUACAGUGGUUCUACUGUCUCUAAUCCGUCACUGGUCAUUACUAAUGCUCAAUCAUCGGACGAAGGAAACUAUAUAUGUUAUGCUACAAAUAACAUUGGAACUGGUAACAGUCAGCAGACUUUUCUCGACGUCAUUGGAAAUAUACCUGUUGUGACAGUACAAGAAAAUGUUUACUCUGUCAACAUCGGAAGUAGCAUCAAUCUUGUGUGUAAUGUACAAGCUAAUCCUAGCCAUACUUCAGUCACGUGGCGGAAAAUUAUAAAUGGAGUAACAACAGCGGUGACAAUAUCUGGGAGGUUUUCCGGCGCAGCAGUCAACAGUCCAACUCUUACAAUAUCUAAUGCAAUACUUAAUGAUGAAGGCUACUAUAUAUGUUUUGCUACAAAUAGUGUUGGCACAGGUCAAAGUUCACAAACAUUUUUGGAUGUCAUUGGAAGUGUCCCUGCAGUGACUAUUGGUUCUAACUACUACUCUGUAAACUACGGAAAUACAGCAACCAUUGUAUGCAAUGUUGUUGCAACACCAACAGAAACAAGUAUAUCGUGGCAGAAAAUACAAAAUGGUAUACCGUCAACAGUAGUUAUAUCAGGGCGAUACCAGGGUGGUACCGUGUCCUCCCCUAAUUUGGUUAUCACUGGUACCGGAAUUACGGACGAGGCAUUCUACAUAUGUUCUGCAUCUAACAGUGUAGGAACUGGACAAAGUUCUCAGACAUACCUCGAUGUACAAGGAACUGUUCCUGCCGUACAGAUACUAUCCAACUAUUACUCAGUUCAGAUUGGUCUUUCUGUCACGCUCCAGUGCACUGUGACAGCUAAUCCAUCUCAUACAAGCGUGACAUGGAAGAAGAUAGUUAACGGACAGGAAACUAAUAUAGGAUCAAACAGUAGAUAUUCAGGAGGCAGUACCAAUACACCUUCUUUGACCAUUUCGAACGCUGUUGACACAGACGAAGGGUAUUACAUAUGUACCGCAGCAAAUGCAGUGGGCACAGGUCAAAGUUCACAGACAUAUUUAGACGUUUCCGGAAGUAUAUUAACAGUCACUGUACCCCAGUCAUCCUAUAGUGUGAAUUAUGGCCAGUCAGUACAGUUGGUAUGUACUGUUUCCGGAACUCCUGCAGUACAAAAUGUGUACUGGCAAAAGAUUACAAAUGGCGCACAGACAAAUAUCAACACUAACACUAAUUCGAACAAAUAUUCUGGAUCCACAACAGGAACCCCGUCUCUGACAAUUCUAAAUGCUGACAGUAAUGACGUAGGGUCCUACACAUGUUACGCUACAAACUCUGUCGGAACUGGACAGAGUCAACAAACUCAGCUCUCUGUAGUUGGCAAUGCACCUUCAGUGACUGUCGGACAAGGAUACACUAUUGCUCUUGGAAAUUCUAUAACUUUGACAUGUACUGUAUUUGCCACCCCGUCAGCCACAAGUGUUCAAUGGAAUAGAAUAACAAACAAUGUACCCGUUGCAAUAAACGUAGCCAGUAACCCAAAUAAAUAUUCAGGUGCGACUGUCAGUACACCAUCUUUGACAAUUUCCAACUCUGUUGAGGGCGAUGAGGGAUACUAUACUUGUCAAGCAACAAAUUCUGUCGGAACCGGAACUAGUACACAGACCUUCUUAAACGUUCAAGGAACAAUACCAGUGGUUACCAUUGCCCAAGCACAGUAUAGUGUUACUGUUGGUUUGUCCGUCACCUUAGUUUGUACCGUGUCAGCCAACCCUGCUCAUACAUCAGUUAAUUGGCAAAAAGUUGUCAAUGGAGUAUCGACAAAUAUCAAUCUCUUCCAGACCAAUAAAUACUCAGGAUCUACUACCUCAUCACCAUCCUUGACUGUUCUCAAUGUUGUCCUUUCUGAUGAAGGAUAUUACACAUGUAGUGCCCAGAAUAGUGUCGGCACAGGUACAAGUUCACAGACAUUCCUGGAUGUUUCGGGAAGUGUUCCCGUAGUAACAGUACUAUCAACCAGUUACUCUAUCAACGUCGGUAACUCAAUAACGUUACAGUGUACUGUAAGUGCCAAUCCAUCAGCGACAAGUGUCACAUGGCAGCGAUUCACCAAUAAUGUAGCAACAAAUAUUGACCUGUCCAGUGGGCGUUACAGCGGAAGUUCUGUUGGCUCACCGUCACUGGUCAUAAGUAAUACUGUCAUAUCAGAUGAGGGGUUCUAUAUCUGUAAAGCUACUAAUAGCAUUGGAUCUGGACAAAGUCAACAAACAUUUUUAGAUGUUAUUGGAAGUAUUCCAACAGUCACUGUUCCACAAUCUACAUACACAGUCAAUAGAGGGUCAUCAGUUACACUACAGUGUACAUAUACCUCAAACCCAGCACCUACUAGUGUUUUCUGGGAAAGGACUGUAGCCAAUCAGGUCACAAUUAUCUCUACAGCUAUCAGUAAAUAUGAUGGUUCCACCACACAGUCGCCAUCUUUGAUAAUAAAUACUGCUGACGAAGCCGACGAGGCCAAUUAUGUUUGUAAAGUAACCAACAGUGUCGGAACUGGAAUCAGCUCUUCUACAUUCCUUGAUGUUUUAGGCAAUAUACCUGUUGUGACAACGCCUACGUCAGCAUAUACUGUAAAUGUUGGUGAUUCAAUUACCAUGACAUGUACCGUAACAGCUAACCCACAACACACCACCGUUUACUGGCAAUAUAUAUCUGGUGGCUCAUCUACAAAUGUAAACAUGGGAGGAAGAUUUAGUGGAUCAUCAGUCAGCUCACCCUCCCUAACAUUAUCUACUGCACAGUUAUCAGACCAAGGAACAUAUGUUUGCUAUGCUACUAAUAGUGUAGGAACAGGACAGAGUACCCAGGUUGUAUUGGCUGUUACAGGAAGUGUUCCAAGUGUAAGUCUUACUCAGACAGCUUUUACUGGAAACUAUGGAGACACAAUUACACUUGGUUGUACUGUAUCUGCUAAUCCCGGUGUUACCUCUAUAUACUGGCAGAAAGUUUCGGGAAGUGUAACUUCCACUGUAGACAUGUCUAACUCCAGAUAUACUGGAUCAUCUGUCAGUACACCAUCCUUUACCAUAACUAACCUCAAUAGUAACGAUGGUGGGAAUUAUAUAUGUCUAGCUGCUAAUUCAGUCGGAACUGGUCAGAGUGUACAAGGACCUUUAACAGUUGUUGGAAACGUUCCAGUUGUUACAGUAAGUCAACCAACUUACUCCACAAACAUUGGGAAUACCAUUGUAUUGGCUUGUGUAGUGUCUGCCAACCCUCCACACACUGCCGUUUACUGGACACGACAGAUCAACAAUGGCAAUACAGAAACUCUGAAUCCUACUUCCUCUACAAAAUAUUCCGGAUCAACUAUACAGUCACCGUCUUUGACUAUCAACAACGUAGACACGUCUGAUGAAGGCAAUUAUAUAUGUCAUGCAACGAAUGCUGUUGGCACUGGUCAGAGCUCACAGACGUUCUUAGAUAUUGUCGGAAAUAUCCCAUCUGUAACGGCGUCAAUCGUCUCCUCUGUGAAGGUGGGGAAUUCUGUGACAAUAACCUGUGCAGUAACAGCAACACCAGCUGCUACCCAGAUAGUCUGGCAGAGACUUGUAAAUAGUGUGACUACAACUAUGGAUUUAAGUAGUAACCGAUACAGCGGAGGAACGAUAUUUAACCCGUCUCUCACUAUUAACACUGUACAAGAAGGCGACCAAGGACAGUAUGUUUGUCAAGCUGCAAAUAGCGUAGGAACAGGAACUAGUAAUAAUGUCUAUCUAACUGUGACCGGAGAUGCACCUACAUCCAUUGCCAUUAGUCCCAGUCCAAUAACUGUAAAUGAAGGCCAGACUAUAACAGCUACAUGUACAGCCCUAGGAAGUCCAACGAUAACAUACACCUGGUUUAAGGGCAAUUCAAAUACACAGUUGUCCACAGGUUCUGUUCUACAGAUUACAUCCUCAACACGCACAGAUGCCGGAACGUACCAAUGUAGAGCUUCCAACACCUAUGGAAAUGCUGACGCGACUGUUGCAGUAGAGGUUCAAUAUGUGCCCGAUGUAACUAUCUCACAACCGUCCCAAGGCAGUGGUGGACAGGCUAUAACAAUACAAUGCUCCUACGUUUCGAACCCAGGAGCUACUAAUGUUAUAUGGAGCAAAGGAAACCAAGGCAUUACUAUUGAUGGUAGCAAAUACGUCGGUGGUACCUUGUCCAAUCCUAGUCUUACCAUCACUAACUUAGCUUCUUCUGAUCAAGGAUCAUACAGAUGUUCAGUAGUGAAUUCCGUUGGACAAGGAGAUUCAUCAUCUGUCACUCUUUCGGUUGAUACAUCAACUGCGCCAUCAUACAUAAGAAUAACACCAGCAGGUGUUGUAGUACAGGAAGGUCAAGGUUUCACCCUGACUUGUGAUGCUGAUGGUGAUCCUGCUCCAAUAUAUAACUGGUAUCACAAUGACGUUAUGAUACAUGAAGGUGCUGUCCUAACUAUAUCUAAUUCCCUUUGGACUGAACAUGAUGGUUUACAUUUGUGUAAAGCUACCAACACUAAGGGAAGCAGACAGACGUGGGAAGAUGUUGAUGUGCAGCAUAUACCCGUGAGUAAUGUUGCACAGACAAGCAUAUCCGAAACAGUUGGCAAUCCUGUCAGUCUUAGCUGUGACACCCGUGCUAACCCAUCGGCUACUGCUUGGGAAUGGUUUUAUAAUGGUAAUUCUCUAACGUCAACCAAUAAAGUGCUAGUAGUUGACAUGGAUACAGAAAGUGAUGCCGGAACCUAUACGUGUAGAGCUACAAACGCAGUAGGAUCAUCUGCAGACAUUGCAUUCAGCAUUGGUAUAGGAACAGGGAUCGUUGACCCAGCAGGUCCUGGCCUUGGAGCAUCGACAGGCGCAUCUUCAUCAUUAUCUACUGGAGAAAUAGCCGCCAUUAUUCUAGCCAUUCUUUUUGUCUUACUGCUAGUCAUCGGAAUCAUCAUAUGUUGUUGUUGUCAAGGAUACUGUGCGUCCCUGUGUGGUGGUAAGAAAGAAAAGGUUACUCCACAACCAGCACCUAAGAUAGUUCAAGUACCUGUCUAUUAUGAAGAACCAGAGGAAUCCGUCAUAUCACUCCGUAAAUUGGAAAUUCCACGAUUUUAUGAGGAACCUGUAAUUGUUGCAUCAGAACCACCAACAACUAUGGUUAGGAAGAUACGUCAUAAGAAACAUAGAACAUACAGACGGCCAUCAGACGAAUAUGAGAUUAGCAAGUACCAAGUCCUUAAGCCUGAUGAAACAAGAGAACUUGAGACAACAGAACGUGCCAGAGAAAACACUUAUGUAACAUCCACUGGAACACGUCAACAAUACUAUCUUCCAGAUGUUGAGUACACAUACGAUGAGGAAGAAGAACGCAGACGAAGAAGACGUAGAAGGAAGAAGAAGAGCAAACGUCAUCACGAAGAACACGAAGUUCACGAUAACGAAAUUAUCGUCGAAGAUAGAAUAGAGAAUGGAGAUGUUUUACGUUCCUCAGUAAGAUCAAGACGUAGCGAUCAUGACAACUUAAGAGCGUCUACUAGGUCACGUGAUGCUGAUUAUGACGUAGUAACCGGUGAAGAAUUUUAUUACGAGCAGGAGUAAUUUGAUGUAUUAGAUAUAGGUUAUAAUAUUGCAACUGGAAUAUCUUGUAACAGCUCUUUUAUAGUUAUCAUUACGUUUCAUAGUUGAAAAUAUAAACAGUGAAAAAAGGGCAACUGCACGCUUACUAGUUUUUCUUUAAUAGACUAGCAUAUUAUUACUUUCAGACAUUUUACGCAUUUAUGUCAAAUGUGUAAAGUGAUAGACUUUUAGACAGAACAUAGUACUAUUGGUAUUAGUAACAUUAUGUGGCAAUAGUGCCGUAAAUCAGGUGUUAAUUUAAGGUGUGUGAGUAGAACCUUAUAUGCUUUAGAUUGUAGAGAAAUAUGUGUGUAAUAGAAAUAAGGUGCCUUGUUAUCACAAUCAAUUGUUUAAUGUCUUUCAUACACGAAUAUCGAGGCAAUCUACAUGUUUUAUAGACAAUUUUUUAUCUUAUUUUUACGAGAUUGUUAUAUUAAUAUGAUCCUGCAUUUUGAAUUGUGCUAACUUUCAUUUAGAUUCCUUUAUAUUAAAUGGUCUUUUUAUGAUCCGUCCAAUUGUCAUUUAUUAGCUCAUUUUGAUAUUAUUUGUCAUAUUGUUUAUCACUAUAGGUUUAGAUUUUAUUGUUUACGAAUUUAAUUUAGAUUUUCUUGUUAUCUACCGUCCCAUGCUGUAUCUUUUGUUUCUGAAUAUUUUGAACAUAUGUUUUUGUUGUUGAAUUAAUAAAUUAUCUUGUUUUAGGUAAAUUUUUAUAUUUAUAUGAAAUAUCUCUAAAUAAAUAUGUUAUUUGU